GUUUAUUUUGAAGGUCGGUCUGAGGGUCGUAGUGUUCGUCAACUUUCUCCCCUGUCCGUUAGUGUCCAGUAUGAGGAAAUACCAUAGAUGGAAUCGGAGGUAUUUCACCAGGCAUUGGUGCAUAGUGCCGAGAGGUUGAACUGAAGAUUUUAAUCAUUUGCUUCUGAAUGAAUGACCAUAAUGAUUCUGUCAAGAUUGUCUUUGCAACUUGCGAAAGCACACACAUUUCCAGGAAUGCAGGCUCUUUUUGGCUCUGUUCUUCGAAGAUGUAGUACAUUAUCCAAAGAUUGUUAUACAUCUCCAAGACACAAGUUGAAACCACAGCGUUGGUGUGCACUAGAUCAUGAGCUGGAGGAGCUUCUGAUUCCAAGAAAAUUGUCCAUUAGCCCUUCAGAAAGUUGGCUGACAAUUAAAUACUGGGUGCCCAGUCUGGGCCUAAACCACGGACAAGGUAUUGGUGUAGGUUUAGGGAAUCCUUUGGUGUAUGACUGCCCUCCAUUGGAGGAAUCCCAACUUUUUGAAGAGGAUGGAGCAACAAUAAACUACAAAAUAGACAAAAUCGAAUGUAAAAACGUAUUGAAGAUUCGCAGGCGAAAGAUGAACAGGCACAAGUACAAGAAGUUGCUAAAACGUACAAAGUUUUUGCGUAGGCGGGUCAAGGAAGGUCGUAGAAGACGGCGGCAGGUAAAGUUUGAGAGGGAUUUGAAGCAAAUCUGGAAAAAAGCUGGACUGAAGGUACCACCAGAGGGCUGGCAGGCACCAAAAAUAUAUGUUAAACAAUACCAUGGAAAAUCUGAGUGAUGCAGGGAACAAAAUAGCUGCAUUCUUUAUGGAAUGAAGUGUAUCUUGAGUAAAAGCCAUUUGGAAUCCAGUUCUAGAAUAAAAAUCAAAUUAUUUGUAUCACAUUUGCAUUUCCAUAUAAGUCAGAAUACAUAUCUCAUUAUUAAGUUAAACAUUGAAUUAAGUUC